CGCAUGCGCAUCCAUGUGACAGCGGCCGGUUGUAUUUAGUCAGAGACAGCCGUGGCACCGAUCAGAGGCCGAUUCAUCACCUUGUCUUCAUCUACAGCAGCUUUCUGCACAGAUUUCUGGACGUUGACUAAGUUAUUCUGGGACUGCCAAGGUCAGUCAAGAUAAACAGGCAAAGAAAACCAAAACAUUUUGAUGACAAAGCAGACUGAUAGGAGAUGUGUGCUGCUGUGUAUGUCCUGUCAACGGUAACGGGCUAUGUGCUCACCUCUGCCCUGCUGCUGAAAUGCCCAAAUCUUUUGCACCGGAGGAAGCGAGAGACUUUCCUCAGCAGACACAUCUCCCACCGCGGAGGGGCAGGCGAAAACCUGGAAAACACCAUGGCAGCUUUCAAGCACGCUGUGGAUCUCGGCACAGACAUGCUGGAGCUGGACUGCCACCUGACAAAAGACGAACAGGUAGUGGUUUCACAUGAUGCCAACUUAAGGAGGGCCACUGGCAUCAAUGCCCAAAUCUCCGAUAUGGCCUACGCUGAGCUGCCUCCAUAUCUCUGCAAGCUGGGUGUAACUUUCCAGAGGGAGUGUUUCUGCGAAGGAGGAGAGGACAGACGUAUCCCUCUCCUCAGGGAUGUUUUUGAUGCCUUUCCUAAUACCCCUGUCAACAUUGACAUCAAGGUCAACAAUGACACACUCAUUAAGAAGGUCUCUGAACUGGUUGUUAAGUAUGACAGAGAGCAUCUGACAGUGUGGGGCAACGCCAGCAAUCAGAUUGUCAAGAAGUGUUACAAAGAGAACCCCAGAAUUCCAGUGUUGUUCAGUUUUCCCAGAGUAUUGCAGCUGUUGGGUCUCUUCUACACUGGCCUUCUGCCCUUUGUUCCCCUCAAGGAGCAGUUUCUAGAGAUCCCCAUGCCCUCCAUUAUCACAAAACUAAAGGAUCCUGACAGAUUAACAAGGAGUCAGCGGUUCAUCACCUGGCUGGCAGACACUUUGCUGAUGAGGAAAGCUCUAUUUCAGCAUCUUACUGCCCGGGGCAUACAGGUGUACAUUUGGGUGCUGAAUGACGAGGACGACUUCCAGAGGGCAUUUGACUUGGGAGCCACAGGAGUUAUGACAGAUUUUCCCACCAGGCUUAAAGAUUUCAUGGACAAGAAUGGCAUGUCUAAGCUCCAGUGACCUGCCAAAAUCUACCUCACUGCAACACCCCACACAAACACGCACACACACUAGUGAUUAUCCUUCAACCUGACUGACCUGCCAGCCCAGACCCCCCCCCCCCACAACACGCACCCACUUUUACUGCACGCAUUCCAGCAGGCUACUACCCUCACACUGUGUUUUACAGCCAGUUUUACUGCACUGGUAACACACACUUUUGUAUUUUCAUUCACAUAAAAUACACUUAAAGGUCAGAUACUGUACCUGCUACAUAUUAUUGUCUCCUUUGAGUAGUGGUCUUUGCAGAUUCUUUGUUCCCUCGCUGCACAC